UUGGAUAGAUAUUGGGAAUUCCGUUCAGACGUGGAUGUUUCUAUUACAGAGUAGGGGAGUUUUGAAAAGUUUCACAUAUUGGAAUAUGUUUGCAGACUCACAUUUGGUAAGCAGACGCCAGAGUGACAAGCAGUGCGGGUUUUUUUUUUUUGUUUUAUAAAAUUUCAGGUGCAUCGCGAUAACUUCAUUCUUUUUGCUGUGUUUAUUGCAUUCAGUGACAAAAUGUGAAUGUUAUUAACAGUAUCAUAUAUCAAGUUUUAUUACCAGUCGUUAAUCAUUCUCAAAACGCUUGGCGUUCUUUAUUGACAAAUACUAAACAUUAACUCAAAACAAAUACGAGGAAAUUAUAUUAUACACAAGAAACCGGAUUUUGUACAUGAAGUUUUUAUAAAAAGUUGACCUUUUUGUUAGCAGACGACAGGAUUUAUUAUCUCAGUGUGUUUACCAGCCUAUGGACCCAGCUCUUGCAGGGCUGGCAGCAAUGACUAGUGGAUCUCGUGAGGUAACCAGUCACACAACAAGUGGAAGUAUGCAUUCAGGUGGCCAACCAGUCAAUCAGAAUGGUCAUGUCGCUCCUCACAGUGUAAAGUCGUGUGCCGGAUGUGGGGGUCGGAUCAACGACAGAUUUUUAUUGCACGCGGUGGACCGGUAUUGGCAUACCGGAUGUCUGAAGUGUUCGUGUUGUCAGGCACCGCUGGCAGACUUCAAUUCUUGCUUUACAAAGGCUGGUAUGAUACUGUGUCGGAAUGAUUAUCUCAGGUUGUUUGGUAACGGUGCAGCAUGUGGAUCUUGUGGUCAAAAUAUUGGCGCUAGUGAACUUGUGAUGAAGUCAACAAAUUCUGUGUACCACGUGAAAUGUUUUGCAUGUGUCACGUGUCAUAAUCAGCUGGUUCCCGGUGAUAGAUACAGUAUUGUGAACGGUUCUCUAUUGUGUGAACAAGAUUAUCCUAAAAUGCUCAAAGAGCAGGGACAUGGUCAGUUGCAGGGUAGAGGGAAUCAGAAAAUGCAAUUUUCGACGGCGAUGGUUUGAGAGAACUUGCAGAAUGUUCACUUUUGUCAUGACCAGUUGUUGAAAAGUGUUUUUUUUCUAAUUGUUACCUUUUCGAUAUUUUAAAAAAUAUACUGCAGACUUUUUUUUUCAAACACGUGAUAUGAUUGUGACUGUCUGCUAUGACAUUGCAUAACUGUGUUUUUGCGGAACUGGUAAAGGAUGACAGAACUUCGCCCUACAAUCUCACUGCGGAAUCUCCAGAGAGCAUAUUAAAAUUCUUUCAGUAUAAAUGGACAGUGCAAGCUUCCAAAGUAGGAAGGCAUAAGACUUCAAAAUAUUACACAUGUUUCACACAAGAUUAAGGACAAGAAAGUGUUUCGUAUAAUAUAUCAAUGCGCAUGGCAAAAUGAUGUCACACAUUGUGGGUGACGAAAUGUUGGGAGAGCAUAUUGUGAUAUAAGCGCGUGUAAGUGGUAUGAUAUUGCGAAUUAUUGGACGAACGUGCGCGGACCGACAAGAUAAUAGACCUCACCAUCGUAUGUUAGUGUGUGUUGAAAUGAUGUUGCAUGGUACUGGAUUUUAAUAACAUGAAUAUUUUGCACAUGACAAGAAAAUGAAGUGUAUCACGUGGCGUUACUGCAGAUUGUCUGAUUCGGUGCGCAUGACGCGAUUAUAGAGCGCAUCAUGUGAUGGUAGAGCGCGUUAUAAGAUAUAAGUGCGCAUGACAAGACUUUGAAGCUUAUUGUGUAAUGUUUUUGAAACGCAUGAAGACAUAAAAGUGACCAUGGGGUGGCAGAACGCGUCAUGGGAUAUAGGAGUGACGUCAAGAUUGAGGGAAGGAUAAAUGGAUGUUUAGAACGUGCUAUUAGUUAUAAGUCCGCAUAGCAAGAUUAUAGAGUUCACCAUGUGAUGUAAGAGAUAUAAGUACCUAUGACAAGAUUAUGGCGCUCGUGCGAUGAUUUUGGAGCGCAUUAAGACAUAAAAGUGAGCGUAACAAAAUUAUGGAGCGCACCAUGGGUGUUUUAGUGCGUAAUGAGAUGUAGGACUGACGACAAGAUCGAGGGGAGCGCGUUAUUAGAUAUAAGUGCGCAUGACAAGACUAUAGAGCACACUAUCUGAUCUUUGAACGUUAUAAGACAUAUAUACGCAUGACAAGAUAUAUUGACAUGAUAAAGGGCGAUAUGAGGCGAUGGUGCGCACUAUAAUAAAGUGGUGCGCAUCAUUGGAUGUUGUUAUAUACUGUGGGAUGAUGAUAUACAUUAUGAUAUUAUGGUGCGUAUGAAGGGAUGUUGCUAUGUACGGUGAGAUGGCGCUGCGCGUUGUGAGUUGACAGACGCUUAUGAUACUAGUGUUAAUGCUCAGAUUUAGAAAUUUCUUUUAUGAAGUAUUUGACUGUGGAAAAGUUUUGAUUGAUUUCAGUCAGACACUCACUGGAUAUGGCGGAGACUUUAAGGCGAAAAUUUAUAUAUGUUUUUCACAGACGAACGAUUGGCACGCACGUGAUGCUUUCCUUUUCUUCGAUAUAUGAUACAAAAAAGCUUUCUAUAUUGUUGCAUUCAAAUCUUAAGUAGUUUUGUAUGUCUGACACGUGCAAUCGCUAUUUCUCUCGCUACUGAAGGCAGUAACUGAAGUGCACGUGUGCGCGUUAAAAUAAUAUUUGUCCUAUUAUUCAUCUUGAUAUAUUUAUUAUUUUAAACUUCUUGUUAUAUUUAAUGUUUUGCAGUUUUAUGCAAGUCUAAGCGUUAGCACAAUCACGAAUAAUUCAGAGCGUUUCUCCUUACAUGUAUUGUAAACUCCAGAUUGGUACAAGGGGCAGUCAUAUUAUACUCUGUUCUAAACAACACCGGAGGUGGUAAUAUGACUUUAAGAUUUUCGAAAUAUCAUGACUGGUUUUGAACUGAUCCUGAAAACGCGAGGUAGGUCUGCAUUUCAAAUUUCAGUCAUUAUGAACACUAAAAAGGUUAUGAAAUAGAAUUCCGACAUUUUUAGCGGAUUGAUCAAGAACUUUAGGAUAUCUUAUUCAAAAUAAACUUUUUAGAACCAUUUCUUAUGGGUGAAUAUUUGACACUCGAAAAAAAACUUGUUUGGCAGUAUAAUGGACCUUAUAAAAGAUAUAUCUUAAAAAUAAACUAGAUGUGUGUUCAUGGAACACAGGUGCCCCCACUCCUGCCACUGUAUUUGGGCCUAUUUUAUGCAUAAUUUUUACUAAGUGAAGGACCAUAACUCUGGUCUGACUGUGUGAGAUCCAAACUAAAACCCCUGGCGCACUACUUCCCGUGCUGAAUAAAAAUCUUGUGAGGUUUGAUGACUCCGUGUCAAAUACAUUUUGAGAUAUGAACGACACAAACUGGGACGGACGAACGGACAAGGACAGCAUGUGCCCCUACCCCCCCCCCCCCCCCAAAAAAAAAUGCGGGAUGGGGUAAAAACAUUCCUAUUAUAACCUCUGGAGGUUGUUUGAAUGAUGUGUAACUUGCAAAAUUCAUUAAAGUUUCUGUUUCAGACUUCAUGGAUCAAACAGUUACUUCUAUAUCGUAGUGAAAAGUUUCAGAAGGUUGUAAUGACGGGUACAAAGAAUACGUAUGUAUUGAAAAAUUCCACAAGAAACGAAACUUGAUAUGUUUAAAAUAAAUUAUCUGUAAAUUAUGUACAAGUCACUUUACAGAUGAUUAUACAUAUGAUAUAUAUGAGCCGCGCCAUGAGAAAACCAACAUAGUGGCUUUGCGAACAGCAUGGAUCCAGACCAGCCUGCUCAUCCGCGCUGUCUGGUCAGGAUCCAUGCUGUUCGCUAACGGUUUUCCUAAUUGCAAUAGGUUUUGAAAGCGAACAGCAUGGAUCCUGGCCAGACUGCGCGGAUGGCACGGCUCAUAUAUAGAUGCAGUUUACAGAAUUUCAUCUUAAGAGAAAUGUGGGUCCAAAUCUUUAUUCUAUAUUAUACACGCAUGUACUAUUAUACACACACGUACUUACCUCGUACUAUGCUUUGUAACUAAGUACGAUUAUUUUUGUCUGAGACAUAGGGAGAGCGCCUUACCUAAAUCUGUUUUAGUAAUGACUACUUCAGAAGCAGUCGCCAUGUUUCAUUUUGUUUGAUUUUAUUUGAUAUAUUUCAUUUCAUGUUUGUAUUAUGUUUGAAGUUUUUGAAUAUUUCAGUAAUUGAUUAAAGUGUCUCUCAAUA